UUUUUAAAGCACCAUGUUAUCUGAUAAAGUAUAAGAGGCAAAUGGUAAAUUUUGGAAAUAUGUUGAUUGAAAUUUUGACGUUACUUUCUUGCCUAAAAUUAGGCAUCUCUCAAGGUUGCACUAUAAACAAAGUUCAAUACCCGGUGGGAGAUUUUAUAAACUUUUGUAGAAAAUGUACAUGCCACAAUGACGGAUCAUGGGUGUGCCGUGCACAGUGUCGUUUUCCUUCUAUAAAAACAUGUCCUUACGGUCAGGCUCUAAAACAAGUUGAUGUCGAAGUAUUGAAAGGAUGCUUCUGUCAAAAGUCGAUCUGCGCCGACAUAAUGUGCGAUGUUCGUGGAAAAAGUUACCCUCCCGGUCCAUUCAUAAGCAAAUGCCAAAAGUGUAUCUGUAAUAAAGAUGGAUCAUGGAAUUGUAAAUCUCAAUGUUCAUUUGAAUCUAUCAAAUGCCCUUUGGGAAAAAAAGUAACUCGAAUAUCAACAGAAGUUUCAAACGGCUGCUUUUGUAACAAACUUGCGUGUGCUACUAAUCAAGAUACAGAGUGUAACGUUAAUGGAGUCAAUUAUCCUCAUGGAAAGUUCACUGCCAUAUGCAGCAACUGCAUUUGUAAUCAAAAUGGAUCAUGGAGUUGUUUUUCAUUGUGUCCAAUUUAUAAAGUACAAUGCAAAAAAAAAUCAAUCCAUAAGUUAUGUUCGUAAAGAGGUGAUUCCAGGUUGUUAUUGCGAGAAACCGAAUUGCGUAAAUAACAAUUGACGAAUUUUAUUUUUAAAUUCUAAAAUAUUUGUUCAAAAUAAAACUUAAACUCUUUAAA